AUGGUACCCACAAUCUUCGUGAUUUUUGCCGUGCUAGCUGCUGUUAUCUGUGUGAUAGGCGCUUCUUUAAAUAGUCUCGUUUGCUUGGUGUUUUACAGAACCAAAAAACUUCUUAAUGCCCCGAAUAUUUUUAUUGCAAGUGUAGCUCUGGGUGAUUUGUUAUACUGUGUUACUUCUCUGCCGCUUUUAGUUGUCACAAACUUUCAUGGCAGAUGGAUCUAUGGAGACUAUGGAUGUAAAGCGACAGCUUUUGUUGCCACGUGGAGUGGUCUCACUUCAAUUAUGAACCUGUCCCUUGCAGGAUACGAGAGAUACAUUGCAUUGGUGUUCCUUUAUAAAAGUCAGCAAACUUUUACACGUAGGAGAGCAAUUCGUGCUACGGUAGCUAUGUGGCUGUACGCUCUGUUCUGGGCCACGAUGCCCUUGUGUGGAUGGUCGGGUUUUGAACCAGAAGGAGUAGGCACAAGUUGUUCAUUAAGAUGGAAAUCUCGAGACAACUUGGACUUGUCGUACAACAUAUGUUUGAUAUUUGCUUGUUAUGUGUUACCAGUGAGUAUCAUGAUCGCUUCUUAUUACAAAUCAUGCCGAGAAAUAAACAAAGGGGCAAAACGAGCAAAAAAGACGUGGGGAAAAAAAUCGCCCUUCACAAAGAAAGCCCUUGAAAUGGAACGAAAGAUGGUAAUACUCUUCGGGGUAAUGACCGUAGCAUAUCUUGUGGCCUGGACGCCGUAUGCAGUUGUGUCUCUCGUAGCAAUGAUCGCUGGUCCUGACGUCAUUGGCGAAGUUACAGCAUCUAUCCCGGCAUACAUUGCAAAGUCAUCAGUCUGUUAUAACCCUAUUGUUUAUGUUUUUCUGUACAAGAGGUUACGUCGGCGCAUGAUUGCUAUUGUGCGGAGGCCCAAAGAUUCAUUUACUAGUAGUUCUCGGAACGAAACGCGCUCGGGUGACACCCUCAACCUUAAAAAGUUGUCCUAUAAAAGAACAGACGGAGAUAAAAUUGAAAAUACGAAUAACAAUCCCAGUUGAUUGAAACUUGUAAGUAGAGAACAAUACGAUUGGAAUUGCCUUUAGCUAUUGGCUUAUUGCGUGGAGAUUAUUCGAAAGCAAAGAUCAAGCAACAACAAGAUAUUCUGAGUAGAAAAAUCGCGCACUAGAUCUGGUCUUUGAGUGUCUCACCCUGGGACAACGUUUUAAAUUAGAGAUUUCUAAAUGAUUGUUCAGUUUUUGAAAUAAUGUUUAUACAGACGAGCCAUGUGAAGUUCGUCCUCUACGUAGAUGUAAAUUAAUUCAGUUCUUGUCUUCAGCCAGACUAGAUCAGACUAUACAAUCAAACAUGAUAAUUUAGUAAUAUAGAGUGAGUUGAUAACGUAAAUUGGCCACCGUAAAGAGUUUAAAAGCUGACGUUUCAAGCGUUAGUCCUUCAUCAAAGCGAUUGACGCAGUACCACAGUUUCUUUAGAAACUUAACCCCUUUAUACAAUAAAAAACUGAUCUUAAUGAAAAUUGUUUCCUGUCGUCAAGGGACCUUAAAGGGUAAAUGGACGGCAAAAUCGCAAAAAAAAUAUAAAUUAAAAAAAUAAUAAAAUAAAUUUAUCUUCGGGAGCUUUAAAUCCUGCUCCGAAUGUCAACGAUGAUGAUUUCGAAAUAUUCCGAGGGAGACUCCCUUUUAUGGACGACGUUUUCUUUACUUGGCACAAGUUCCAAAGCUGGAAAGAUUAAGCAUUUUCCUACUUUUCCUAGUUUUCCUUACCUAGCUGCUCUACGUGAUUGGUUAAAGUGAGUACUCAAACUACCCUGGCUUGGAAAUGUUCUAUAUCAAACAGGGUAUUAAGCUGAUCAAAGUAAAUUUACAACAAUAUACUUGUACGAACGUACGUACUGUCUUGUUGAACGGCAACAACACUUGAGGAGGGGACCACUGGAAAGUAUUUUAGGUUAUGUAAGAGUAAUUUCCUUCUUCUCUGCUCUGUUUUUAAAUACUGUUUAAUGAUCCAUUCAAAAAUCCCCCAUAUCAAGGGGAAAAGAACACAAUUUUUCAAAGAGCGUAAAGUCCAUAUAAUGUUAGGAUGACAAUCAGUGCAAACAACGAGGUUAAGCAGGGUUAUCGGUGAAAUAUCUACCUGUCAAGACCUUUGUACAAUAAUCCCUGCGUGAUGUCGAGAGAGGGCACUGCAAUUGACUUGUCUCCGGGGUGUAAAAAAAACAGAAACAAACUAGCCUUUGUUUCUCAGAUUUAAUGAAUCUUCUUGUCCUAGGAAAGCAUUUUUUAUGAUUUGAGACAUGCAUGCCGUUUUAUUUCAGGGCGUUCAUCGGCCAUAUUUUGCGAAUAUGAAAUAGCUGUGGUUUGACUUCGUUGAUUUAUUCUUUCAUCGAAUGCGUAACAAAUUUGCCUUACCUCACAUAGACUGCUUUUAUCUCACAGCGCGAAGCAAAAUCGACUACUGCUUCACAGUAAGCUCUGAAACUAUGAAUAGGCGAUCAUAUGGCUUUGCCUGGGCAGUCCAAGGUAGUUCAGUCCAAAAUGGAAGCGGCUCUUUUCAUCAAUUACCGCUUUUUUGAAUAUCAUAAGUCAUUUCAACAGACUUGUGCAGUCAUUUAAAUAAAUCUGCACAUGCUUAAUAUAAACAGACGUCAAAUUUACUGUUGCAAACAAAGAUAGGACCAACAGUAAUUACACGAGAAGCUUUCGGAAGCUGUUGCGAGUUUUAUGGAAUACUUCUAGAAUUUCUUCUAUCUGUUUAACAUCUAAAGCAUCGUAGGCUGGCUUCAUCCUACAAAUAAAAUCACGUUCACGUGUGAGGACAAAAAAAAAAAAAGGAAAAAAAAAACACAAAAUGAGCCGACAUUGGUCUUGGAACUUGUAAAGUCCUCAGAUAAUCGGAAAACGUUUCCUAAAAUCAUUUGUUCCAGAAAUUUGAGAUCUAGGUACGAAUGCUUGAUGGUCAUUUCAUUAUUUGUUUUGGAUACAAGGGUAUUCAAGAGGUCAAGUCGUAUAAAGGAUACUCAUGACGCAAGUAAGGAAGGAGUCUGGAAUCGAUGGAGACUGGGUUGUAAAUUAGGUUCUUUUAUUACGUGUCUUUGAAGCCAUCCAUUUUCUCAGUUUUAUUAGAGGUGGGUACUUCAGUCUUCGCAUGUCUAACAACUACUUGCUAAUCGUCCUCUUAUCUCAGACGGAGACUUUUUAGAGACCUUCGUUAGUGAGACGAAACAAAAAGGGAAGAAUUCGAAUACGGCCCUGUGUUCCUCAGUCCCAAAGAUAGUUUCUGAAGUUAUCGGAAAAUUGCACAGCUAAGAUUUCAAGGUGAGAGGGAAAUUUUUCAUGAUCCAUGUUCUAAUUAUUGAACAUACAAUAGCCAUGUGUGUUGACGAGUUCUCGGUAGCUCAGCCUAUAGAGAAUCGUAUAUCGAAAUCAAAACAAGCUGGGGUUCGAAUCACCAACAGCUGACUUUCUUCGUCCCAUGCAUGUGAAAAAUAAUCAUCUGUCUUUCUUCGACGCAAGAAUUCAAAUGCUGCCAUCUUUCCCACUCUCUCUCUUAACAUUAGUGAUCCUUGUAACAUGCUAGACGCUUGUCAUAUGAAAACCUUAAAAAAGAACGGUUAAGUUCCUCAACUCUUAGCUCAGUUGGCAGGGCAUCCAACAGUGUAAUCGGAACUUGUUGAGGUUUGAACCCCUACAAGGGAGUAUUUAUUACCCCACGAAGGCUCGUGGAAAUAUUAUAACCUUCCUUACGACACACUUGUGGAGUUUCUAAAUGAGUUUCAGUGUCACAACCCUAUACAAAGAACAAUGUUGGCAUUUUUACUAUACUAGAUGUUCUCUAUGGCCAGUAGCUUGAGAAACUAAAACAGCACUCUUUCAUGCAAGUUUGGGAAACUACAGUACUGAAUGACUACGGCAGUGUUUAGGUGUAGUUGAGAUCUGGGGCCUAGGUGAGAAAAGUAAGGUAGAGCUUAAUUUUCCCUAAGGAAUUUCACGAUUGUCCCAUGAAAAAAUGAUUGCUUGUUCUUACAGCCGUGUAUUGACGACUGGCUGUCAUAAUCUAAUUAUAUACCGAGAUUAAUUUUGUGUUUUGUUUGAACAAGAACGUUUCACAAAACAAGAAAGAAAAAGUAAAUGAGUCGUGUUUGGUGCAUGAAUCUCUUGUAAGUAAGCAGCUUAUCUUGAUGAAUUCUUUUACAGCUUACGAGAGAUGGAAAACAUCACUUCUUCUACCCCAACAGUACUAAAAGAUUCGGAGAAUUCGCAUGUAGGACUUCAGAUCGCGUUUAGCCUGAUCGCAGCCACUUCGUUCACCUUCAAUCUUUUGUUUUGUGUGAUGCUUUUGAGAAACCCUGUCAUGCUCAAGAAAGCUCAUAACAUCUUGUUGUUUAAUUUGGCCGUCGUGGAUAUGUUGACAGGUCAGUACAUAAUCCGAUGAUUUGUCAACAUUGAGCUAUAAAGCACAAAUAUAUUUUUUCCUCUGGUAUUUCUUAAAGGAGAAGGGGUUAUACAUCACUGAAAUGUUACAUCGGAAGGCUCAAUGAAUAAAUCACAAAUCACUCCCUCGACAACUUCGAUAGCUUAUCAUCGAGGCUCUUUCGGGGAUUUUUUUAUGUAAUGGAUUGCUGCCAAAAUAAUUCUAAGGAUAAUGGAUAAGCGAAAUUGUUGCAGGGAUAACAAAGAUGACAAGUUCAUCUACAGAUUAACUGUACUUCAUUCUCACUUUUUCACUUUGAUGAUGUCUGCCACAUUAAUUGAGUGUCAAUUUUUGAUCUUUGAUCAAAGAGGGCAUAACUUUCAUUUCUGUUGUUUCCGUUAACGUUUUCAUGAACAUGUAGUUUGACAUCGGAAUUGUAGCAUCUCAGGGGCGCGAUCUUCGGGUAAGAAACUCGCGCUUAAUACAUGAGAGCCGCUAAGCAUGUACUUUAUGAAUUAAGUUUACGUGAUAGAGACUACGUUAUUCAAAAGCCUCCUUGUCUUUAGACACUCCCCUACCCCUUGUCCAGGGUAACGACGGCUGUUGUCUCUCUUAACAUGUAACUAACUCACUUGAUACUUUUAAGGAGAAUGAAGAACUGUGUCCCUAUGGCCUCGUGUUUUCCAAAUAGUUCUAGAUAUAUCUCUGUUAAAUAGCAAUAGACGUUCAUGUGCUGGAAAAAAAAAUAAACAGAUGAAACAUAUGUUGCAUUUUCACACCUUUCACUGAAUCCUGUCCAGAAGGGCCAAAAGAUCUGUAGUGCAGAGUUUUUAAUGACUUAUUUUGCAGUUGUCAGCUAUGCACCCUAGAGAUUCUUUUUCAUGGAUCUCCGUCAUAAGCCAUUUUGCCAAUCACUUAACAGUUUGACCGAUUAAAAAUUUCACGUACAGUCUUUAAGCAUGCGGUACCUUUUCAUGAUUUCGUUAGCCAUUAGUUGUGGAACCGUGUCGAUUAACAUAGUAAUCACAAUGUAAUGGCUCACAAAUGAGGUCUCUUCAUUUAUUUGGUAACUUUCAGGUGUCUUUAUCGUCGUUACCCCUGGUUACGUCAUCCUGAAGUCUUCUUACCCAGUCCCUCACGGAACAGGAGGUGAAGUUUUCUGCCGACUUCUCAGCAACAGAUAUUUGUUGUUCGCCAUGGGAAAGGUCUCCAUCCUUCUCGUAGCCUGUUUGGCCAUUGAACGAUGGUUUUGCGUAUUCAGACCAAUGAAAUAUGAGACACACUUUAGCAGGAAACGUGUUUUAAUAUACGUAAGCGUUAUGUUUAUUGUAACCUGCAUUCUCUCCAUGAAUAAGUUUUUCGAAAUAAGCCUUUCUGGAGAGAAAUGCGUCACGAAGAAAGCGCCGUAUGGUAAGGAAGGAACGCGUGCUUUCAUUGUUACGUACAGUAUAAUUACUUUUUUUAUUCCGUGUCUCUUGACAUGGUUUACAUUUGCUGAUAUAGCAGUCCAUCUCCCAUCCUCCCUAAAUCGAAGCGCCAUUGUUGAGACCGAGCGCAAGGUACAAAAAGCUCUUCUGCGCAUGUGUGCUUUAGCAGCAGUCGCUCUAACAUUCUGCGGUUUUCCUGCUCAAACCAUUUAUACCCUGAGUCCUUUUGGGAUCACAAAGAUUGGUAGCGCGUUACACAAAGCUUUCAAUGUUCUUGUGCUUUUCAAUUCAUGCAUGAAUCCCUUCAUUUAUUAUUUCACUAACAAGGAAUAUAGAAAGGCGUUUAAAGAUCUUCUCGGAUGCAAAGGAAAGCAAAGUGGAAGAGACUUAGAGUUAGAGACUCAAGUCACUGGAUAA